UCAGUUGCACCGGAGUCGUUUGUAAAUUAAGAUGUGGUCAUUAUCGGUCCUCCUGGCGUUGCUUCUAGCGGUAAGCGCUUACGGUGGUGUUCCCUUACCAGCAAGGCACCGACUGGCGAGCGUCCGACAAGCCACGGCAGCAACAGGAUAUCGCCUACCAAACACAACGCUGCCACUGAAAUAUAAUGUCGAGUUGACAACCCACGUGCAUAAUAGUCUGAUAGUGACACAGUUCGAUUUCCAGGGAAAAGUCACGAUCGAACUUCAAGUGCUGGAGGAAAAUGUGCAGAACAUCACAUUGCACUACCGACAAAUAACGAUCUCGCACGUAACGCUCACCGAAAUAACUAAUCCAGCGAGUGAACCCAUCAUCAACGACGACAGCAGCUUCACGACCGAUACAACGUUCGAGUUCCUAACCAUCCAAGCACCAAGUGUACUUAAGCCUUUGGGAACUUAUUUAUUGGAGAUUCAGUACAGUGGGAAUCUACGAACCGAUAAUGGGGGAUUUUAUAGGUCUUCUUACACGGAUGAGAACGGUGAUACGAAGUGGAUUGCCACCACGCAGUUCGAAUCCACGGACGCCCGGCACGCUUUUCCGUGCUAUGAUGAACCUGGAAUUCGGGCACCUAUCGGAUUGAAAUUGACUCAUGGAAGUGCUUAUCAUGCGGUCUCUAACAUGCCCAUCAAGUCCUCCACCGGAAAUAACAAUUACACCACUACGGAGUUCGAAGACACACCUCCCAUGCAAACCUACCUGCUAGCGUUUGUGGUUUCCGAUUUCGCUAAGGUCAGUGACCCCGCCAACAACCAGUCCGUGUACGCGAUUCCAACUGCCAUUGCGAAUGGAGAUUUGAACUUCGCUCUCGAGGCCGGAGUUAGAGUGAUUCAAAGCUUGGAGAAUUUGGUGGGCGUGAACUACAGCCUCCCGAAGCUCGAUCAAAUCGCAAUUCCGGACUUCGCCGCCGGUGCCAUGGAAAACUGGGGCCUGGUGACCUACCGGGAGGAGGUUCUGAUGUACAACGAAACCAAAUCACCGAUGAGCCAGAUGAAACGUUCGGCAUCGAUAAUCGGUCACGAGUACGCUCACCAGUUUUUCGGGAAUCUGGUGUCACCUGCGUGGUGGAGUUAUCUGUGGUUGAACGAAGGAUUUGCCACCUUUUUCCAGUACGCAGCCGCGCAUCAAGCCUAUCCGAAACUGCGUAUUGAUGAACUGUUCGUUAUUGAAGCCGUACAGACAGCUUUCCAGUCCGAUGCCCUGGAGUCCACCCGUGCGAUGAACUGGUACGUGGAGUCCCCGGCGGCUAUCGCCGAGCUGUUCGAUGAUAUUGCCUAUCAGAAAGCUGGAUCGGUUCUACGCCAGCUGCAGCAUGCCUUCGGAGAUCUAAAUUUCCGCACCGGAUUGAAAUACUAUCUGGAAGCGCGACAAAUGCAGGCCGCUACCCCAAGCGAUCUUUCGGCGGCUCUGCAACGGGCUGUUACGGACGGCAGUACUCUGACGCUCAAAGUGGAAGACAUUCUAAACUCAUGGGCCAACCAGGAAGGCUACCCGGUUCUGCACGUUAGUCGCAACGAAACCGGCAUCCUUCAGCUGCGCCAAGAGCGAUAUCUUCUGAAAGAAUCACAGACGGCUGCCAAAGCCACGUGGUACAUUCCGUACAAUUUGGCCUCGAGACAGGCGGCCGACUUCUCGGCUACGCUCCCCGCCGGCUGGCUUACCGGAGAAACCAAUGAAGUACAUCCGACAACGCAGCUUAACUGGACAAGCGACGACUGGGUUAUCUUCAACAAACAGCAAACCGGCUAUUAUCGUGUCAAUUAUGACGACAAUCUGUGGAGUCUAAUUAGUCAUGAGCUGCGUGAGGGCGACUUCAAGACCAUUCAUCAUCUAAACCGAGCGCAAUUGAUUGAUGAUUCGCUUAAUCUGGCGCGUUCGGGUCACAUCAAGUACGAUAUCGCACUGGAGCUGGCGCAAUACCUUAUCAGCGAAACCGAGUUCAUCCCGUGGGCUUCGGCGAGCAACGGCCUAAGCUAUCUGAACUUGAUGCUUUCGAGCUCGUCAAAGUAUGACCAGUUCAAAAAGUACGUCUGGAGUUUGAUUGAACCAGCCUUCAAAACGUACGGAUUGACCGGUAAAGCUGAGGAAUCCCACUUCGAUAAACUCACUCGAAGUACCCUCGUGAACUGGGCCUGCUUAGUGGACUCGGAAGAAUGUCUGACGGCGACAAGCGCACUGCUAGCGGAUGUGGUUUCUAACAAAACUGCCGACGUUGAUCCGAACAUCAAAUCGUUAGUCUACUGCCAUGGAUUGCGCGAUGCGGACCGUGACACUUUCCUGUUCGUGCUGGACCGCAUGCAGCGUUCCCAAGACUCCGCAGAGCGUUCGCAGCUGCUGGGUUCGCUCGGUUGUCCGCAGGACGCUGUGCUGUUGCGCACCUUUUUGGAAACCUCGCUGGACGAAACCGUUGGCACUAACUAUCGGGGCCAAGAGCGGACCCGUGUGCUGAGUUCCGUCGUGAACGGGGGUAAGGUUGGACUCGAAAUCGCCAUGGAGUUCCUGGAGGCGAAUGUUGCCGCUAUCGAUCGACUGUACAAUCAGUUCGGUGGUCGAGCAGUUGGAUCGGCCGUUAUCGGAAUGGCGGGACGGAUUGUCAGCCAGGAGCAGAAUGAAAAGUUCGAAACGUUGCUCGGAAAGUUGCGAGCUGGUAAUUAUUUGAGCGACGAUGAAGAGAGCACUGCUAAGGAGAUAUCCGGCGAAAAUCUUCUGUGGACGAAUAAAUACCUCGCGGGGCUUGAGCGCUGGCUGGAGGACAACGUUGGUUCCGGUUCGAUGGUUCUACGGGGAGAUUAUCGACUGUUCUCGGUGCUGGGUGCCGCUGUUGCGGUCGUUUCCUAUUUGAAAUUAUGAUGAAAUGUAGAAUAAUUGGAAAAUAGGUUGGAGCAUUUGCUCGUGAAGUCUUGUUACAUUACAAAAUUGUUACAGAAAAUACAAAAAAAUAAGGAGCGCCUAAGUUUUAGUUUUACAUUCGAUUUUCAAACUUUAUUCUUAUUUUAAAUUACAUUCACAACCACAUUCGAAGUUUACGAGGUGAAACCUUUGUAGCACAUCAUUUUUUUAUUUUGCGUGAACGUGUGUUAAAAGUAAAAAAAUAACGAAAAGAAUCUUUUUCUUUUAAAUGCCAAUAAACGACGGUAAUCUUUCUAAGUAAUUGGUGCCCAUCAA